GUUUCACCGAUUGAAAGAAGGUCCAGUUCCAGUCGGUUCCGGUAUCGCUCCCUCCUCUCUACAGUUCCCUCCCACUACCACACAGCCUCCUGACGUUGCCGCUGCCGCCAUAGAGGAGCCCUCCCUGCCGAAGUAAAAGGAUGUCGCCGCCAGUUGGAUCUGGAGGCAAGCACAGCGAGUCCGCCCAGGCGCGGCUCUUGGGCUCGGGCACGUCAGGUGUCGCGGAGCUCCUCGUCUUUCACCCGGUCGACACAGUCGCCAAGCGAUUGAUGAGCAACAAGAACAAGAGUGCAAAGAUGAUGGAGGUCGUCUUCAAGGACAAGGCCAAUGCUCGGGCAGGUGCGAAAUUUGUCUCGCUCUUCCCUGGUCUUGGGUAUGCCGCUGGGUACAAGAUUAUGCAGCGGGUGUACAAAUUCGGAGGCCAGCCGUACUUCAACGACUUUUUGACGAACAACUACAAGCCGUGGUUCCAAAAGACUUUUGGCGAGCGAAAUGGAAAGAGCAUCAUGUCGGCCACUGCGGGAAGCCUGACGGGAAUUGGCGAAAUCGUUCUCUUGCCUCUCGACGUGCUCAAAAUCAAGCGGCAGACCAACCCGGAGGCUUUCCGAUCCCGCGGUUUCCUCCGCAUCGUCGCUGAUGAGGGCUUCAGCCUCUACCGAGGCUGGGGCUGGACAGCUGCCCGCAACGCCCCCGGCUCCUUUGCGCUCUUUGGCGGGUCUGCCUUCACCAAGGAGUACCUCUUUGGUCUCGAGGACUUCGGCAAGGCGACAUGGACGCAGAACUUUGUUGCCUCCAUCGGCGGUGCCGUCGCCUCCAUCACCGUUGCGGCCCCCCUCGACGUCGUCAAGACGAGGAUCCAAAAUGCCAACUUUGAGAGCACCACGGGCGGUGUCACCAUCAUCAAGGACAUGAUCAAGAACGAAGGCUUCAGCUCCUUCUUCAAGGGUCUCACACCCAAGAUCCUUGUUGUCGGACCCAAGCUCGUGUUCAGCUUUACGGUUGCUCAGACACUAAUUCCCCUCUUUGGAAAGAUAUCGGGCGCUGUUCUGCACGCGACCCGGAUGGACGAAGAGGGAGGAGCCGUCUCGCAGCUGGGCGACCUGGCCCUGGGCCAUAUCCUCACGGACCUCGGCAUUGAAGGCUCGUCCUCCAAGCGCGUCGGCAACCUCGUCGCGGGGAAGCAGACUGGUUCGUCGGGAGGACCCUUGCUGCAAGAGGAUCAGAUCUACAAUGAUCGGUACGAGGACGAUGACAUGGACUUGGGCGAUCUUGGCGAGGAGGCUGAGGAGGAGAAUGGGAUAAAGCAGCAGCAGCAGCAGCAGGAGAGGGACCGGUACUAUCGCAUGGGUCUCGCACAGCUGCAGCAGGACCAGGCCAAAGUGAGGGGCGAGGUGGAUGACUUUGAUGACGAGGGUGGCGAUGAGGAUGCGGAGGGCGAAGUUGACGAGGAUGUGGGGCAGCCGCCACCUCAGAGAGUCUUCAAGGUCAAGGAGGAGCCAAUGGACGAUGACGGGCCUGUGACGCCUCCGCCUGUGGAGCCCACUCCAGAGCCGCCGGACCUCAAGCAGCUCUGGCCUGGAUUUGAGCCCGGAAAAAUUCUCAACUUCACCGACUUGUUCACACCCCGAGCACCCAAGCGAAGAAGACUUGUCGAGAAGAGGCCAAAGUUCAGCACGAUCCGCGAAGACGAGAUCCCAAUCCCUGCCAGUACCCGCGAGGACACUGUCGAUGACAAGGCGCUUGCGCAGGACGUCAAGGGAAAGGUCACAAUUGUCAAGACGCUGGUGAAAGCGCAACGAAUGGAAGAGAAACGGAGAGCGGCACUGAAGGAGACCAGAGAGCAAGUGGUGAAUGAGGCUGAUGGCCAAGAAGGAAUGAAUAUCGUCGAUCUCGAUGAUUGGGAGGAUCGGAUUGCAUGGAACGCCGACGAUGGUACCAACAUGAUCCUCUCACGGCCUCCAAUAAUGAUUGACCGACCUUUCAACUACGAGCUCGCCCGCGGCGAUUGGACAAGGAGCAUUAUUUGGCACCCGGAAGCAAAGUACAAGGACUUUACGAAGCUCGUCCUCGAUUUGAACGACCCGGAAAUGAUGCUUGAAACCCAGGGCGACGAGCCCGAGAAGGUCGUCUCCCUCGUACGCUCCGAUGCCCCUGCUAUGUCGCAACGUCAAGCACGUGUGGCUGCCGGUCUGGACCCUUACAAUCUCUCCAAUGAUCUGUUCUACGAGGUCAACAAGGAGAAUCGCCUACGUAGUAUUCGUCAGACACUGGGCCAGCUCGACCUGCAACAUUCUCACCCAGCUAUUCGCCUCCAGAUUCCCUUCUACAAGACCCGACUCAACAAGGCCGAAGCUCGGUCAUUUCAUCGUCCGCCGAUGCAAUUCCCAUCCAACAUUCCGCUCAAGUUCAGCAAGGUGCGAUCGUCAAAGAAGAAGCGAGAGGAGGGCGACAAGAAGUCGAGAUCAAAGGACGUGGCCGAGAUGCUGAAGUCGACUCGAGACCUCACUCUCAAGGACACAAGCUCGUUUGUGUUGUACGAAUACUCGGAGGAGUAUCCUCCAGUGCUGUCGAACCUUGGCAUGGGCAGCCUGCUGGUCAACUACUACCGCAAGAAGGACUCCAAAGAUGAGCAUAUUCCCAAAGCCGACCUGGGCGAGCCUGUGGUGCUGGACGUUUCCGACGAGUCGCCUUUCAUGAAGUUUGGUUCCGUUGAGCCAGGAAGGACGCAGCCAACGCUUUACAAUCGUAUGAUUCGAGCACCACUGUUCCGACAUAAGCCCUCACAGACGGAUUUCCUACUCGUACGGCACACGACAAAGGACGAGGUACGAUACUACCUGCGCGACAUCAAGAAUCUAUUUGUCGUUGGGCAGACGUACCCGUUGAUCCAGGUCCCUGGUCCACACGCACGACUGGUGACCAAUGCUCUUAAGCACCGCAUGCAGCUCAUCACUUACCGGCUCCUGAGGAAUAGCGUCGGACAGCGUAUCAAGAUCCAUCGUAUUAUGAAGUACUUUCCCGAUCAGAACGAGCUGCAGAUGAGGCAGCGGCUGAAGGAGUUCAUGGAAUACAAUCGUCGCGCGGGCGACAAGGACCAGGGCUAUUGGAAGCUCAAGCAGGGUCACGUUCCACCGCUUGAGUCCGAGCUGCAGGCUAAGCUCCCGCCGGAGUACAUGUGCUUAUCGGAAGCGAUGCAAGCGGGUCAGCGCCACCUGCUCGAUGCCGGCUACACCCGCACGGCUGAGGGCGACGAGGAUGGCGAUGAGUCCAAAAUGGACGUUGAGCAGCUUCUCGCGCCCUGGAUCACGACGAAGAACUUCCUCCAUGCGACACAGGGCAAGGCCAUGUUGAAGCUCCACGGCGAAGGCGAUCCCUCAGGUCGAGGCGAGGCUUUCAGCUUUCUCAGAGUCUCGAUGAAGGACAUCUUCGUUCGAGCCGGCGAGACAGAGGAGGAGCGUCUUGCAAUCCAGGAACAGGAGGAGCAGAAGAGUGGCCACAAAUACAACGUCGCGAGGCAGCAGCAGGUGUACAAGGAGGAGAUCCAAAGGAUUUGGGACGCACAAAGGAAGGCGCUCUCUAAUCCUGUGCCGCCCCAGCUUACGCAUGAAGAUGUCAUUGCGGCGCAACAAGCGGAUAUGGCCGCACGAAGCCAGACUCCCAUGAAGAGUGGCUUGCAUGCGCGAGGGCAGAGUCGAGCAGGCUCGGUACGGCGAGAUGGUACACCUGGAUGGGACAGAGCAGGCACGCCUGGAGGAAAUGUUGACGAUGGAGCGAGCAGUGCCAUGGGCGUCGACACAAACAAGGUUCUUCGGAUUCGUCGCAAGAUCAAUGGACGAUGGCAUUCAGAGCUUGUGAGGGAGCCCGCGGUGAUACACGCAUACAUGCGCCAACGCCAGCAGAUCGAAGACGAGAAGACGACAACAGAAUCGUUGGUGCCCACCGGAGAUGCAGCGCUCGACGCGAUGCGCCGUAGGCGUCUCGAGGAAGAGAUUCGGGCGCGGAAGAAGAAUCAGGAGAGGCGACUGCAGCGCAAGAAUGCAAAGGCUGCCGCGGAGGGCAUCCCGAUCCCAGGCGGAGCCAAGAAGCUGCUCAACAAGACCGAGACGAAGCGGAGGUGUGGAAGGUGCGGAGAGGUCGGCCACAUGAGCACCAACACGAGCUGUCCCAAAUACCAAGCGCCAAACAACAUGCCCAGCAUUGCCUCGAGUGCUAGUGGGAGGAUGGUGCCGACACAGAGCUCGACUAAUGGGACAGGAGACGAUUCUGCCGCUGCCGGGUCAGCAGAAGAUGGAGCAGGUCCUCGACCGCCGAUGAUGCAUGCUUCCUCUGGGCUGUAUGGGUCAGCCUACUCCGUCCCGCAGAGUCCCAUGACGCCCGCGACGCCCUACGCCGGAGGAGGACUAGUCGGUGGGCCAAUUGGGGCGGGAAGCCCGCCCGCAGCUACUCCGGCCGGAUCACCUCCCCCCUCGACCCCUCAGGCCGCGCCCUCCCCUGCACCUGCGACUGCGCCAUCAGCCUCCUCGGGCACGGGUAUGCCAAAGCUUAAGCUCAAGCUCAAGCGAUGAAGAGCGACAAUCUGUACACUAUCACACGUAUUAUUAUUAUAAGCAUGUUUGUUUUGUUUC